AUGAGAGACUAUAAAGUAGUGGUAUUGGGUGCUGGUGGGGUAGGAAAAUCCUCAAUUACUGUUCAAUUCGUACAAGGUGUGUAUGUUGAAAGUUACGAUCCCACAAUUGAAGAUUCAUACAGAAAACAGAUUGAAGUUGAUGGAAGAGCCUGUGAUUUGGAAAUCUUGGAUACCGCAGGUGUGGCUCAAUUCACUUCCAUGAGAGAAUUAUAUAUCAAAAGUGGUAAAGGAUUUUUAUUGGUUUAUUCAGUGACUGACGAAAACUCACUUAAAGAAUUAUUAGCUCUACGUGAACAAGUAUUAAGAAUUAAAGAUAGUGAAAAUGUACCAAUGGUAUUAGUGGGUAAUAAAUGUGAUUUAGAAGAUGAUCGUGUUUUAAGUAUAGAAGAUGGGGUCAAAGUUAGUCAGGAUUGGGGAUUAGUUCCAUUUUACGAAACUAGUGCCAUGUAUAAAACAAAUGUUGAUGAAGCAUUUAUUGAUGUUGUUAGACAAAUAAUGAGAAAAGAAGCUGCCAUAAGUGCUGAAAAGAAGCAACAGAAGGAAUUACAAAAACAACAACAACAACAGCAACAAGAAGAAGAGCAGAAACAACAGUCAGCAGGUGGUAAUAAUGCCACAAAUUUCGCUCAAAAAACAGCCACAUCUACUAAUAAUAAUACAAAUGUUAAUGCUAGAAAUAAACAAUCAAAUACUGACACAGCAAAGUCAAGCUCCGGUAGCAAGUGUUGUACAAUAAUGUGA